GGAGAAAACCGUCUAUGACUAAUUAUUUUAAAAAGAAUCCCUUUAACCAAUUUCUUUUAACAAACAAUUCCUUUCCAAAUCUAACAGUGGGCCCGGAUACACUUGUCAUUAACGGUCACCAAAUUGAACGUUCGGUCUGGUUCAAUAUGUAAAAAACCAACGAACAAUCCGGCCGGUCGAAAUGGAUUGGCCGAACAAUUUCCUUCUCUUCUUUUGCAUCUUCAACAUUUCAGUCUUUGCCUUCUUCUUCUUCAACCUCUGAAACAAUGGCGUCUCUACAAGAAUUACUCACUCGAGAAGGAUUUGAAGGCAGUAAUUACCCCAGUACUCGAAAACUCUCAAGGCCCAAAGGAAGAAGCAGAACAGCUCCAGAUGAUUCUGUCACUUUGCCCAUAUACAUAUGCCACGACAAGAAAACCAUCGAUUCUUCAAAGAAAAAGCACGAUAAACCUCUUGUACGAAAUGGGUCUUCCGUAUAUUCUUCGAAACGAGUCGGUUCGGUCUCCGAGACCUUGCCCUGUAAAUCAAUGGAGGAACCAGCCAUUGAUGAAAUUGCUAUACGAGCUGUGGUUUCCAUUCUUAGUGGGUAUGUGGGGAGGUACUCAAAGGAUGAAAAUUUUAGAGAAAUAGUGAGAAAAAAAUGUAAUCCGUGUUUGAUACGAAAGGGGGAAAUGGAGAGUGGGAUUUGCAGUAACUUGGAGAUGGGUAUGAAAAGUGUUGACAGAUUGGUUGAAGAAGGCCAUGGAAAUGAAAGGGAAUUGAGAAUAAAAGCUUCUAGAAAUUCCAUUGGUCUUCUUAAUAUGGUGAUUACCUCUUUGGAUUCUGCAAAAAAUUCCACCAAAAAUGGUGCUCAUUCUCAUCUUUCUGCAUGUGCUCAGCUCUAUUUAGCGAUUGUUAACAAAAUAGAGAAGAAUGAGAGGGUUUCUGCUAAGCAUCUUCUUCAAGUAUUUUGUGAUUCUCCAUAUUUUGCUCGAACCCAUCUUCUGCCAGACCUUUGGGAGCAUUUCUUUCUUCCCCAUCUCCUCCAUUUGAAGGUUUGGUACAAUCAGGAGCUUGAAUUUGUAUCUAACUUUGAAUGUGAACACAAGGAUAGAAAAAUCAAGGCCUUGAAUAAGGUCUAUAAUGACCAUAUGGAUAGGGGAACUGUUCAAUUUGCUUUGUAUUAUAUACAAUGGCUCAAAGAUGGAGCCAGAGCCCCUCCUGUUCCUGUCGUUCCUUCACCUUCAAAAUCCAUCCAUAAGGCUUCGAGAAGAUCGUCGGAUUCGUACUUUUCGCAGCCGUCUUCGAAUAAGAAUCUAUAUCAUGCUGUUUUUGGUCCAAGUCUUGACCAGCAAUUAGCUGAGUUGAGGAGGGGAAAUUUGGUUGCAGCCAUGGCAAGGAGUUCACAUGAAAAGGAGAUUUUAUUUUCAGACAAGCACUAUGAAAAUAGUGCUUCUGUUCAAGUCUGUAACUCCAUCUCCAUCUUCAAUAUAGAAUCAUUUGGCUCUUGGUUAGAAAAAUCUAGAUGCACUGUUUUUAUUUUCCUCCGUUCUUUAUUGUUUCUGCAGGAUGAACACAGCAACCGAAGAAUGUCAUCCGUCCUUGACUACCGAAGUCAUAAUACUGAAUCAUGGCGCGAAACCGUAAAAUCUGACUAUUUUCGAUUCUUCACAUGUCAGAAUAUUACAAAAGAAUACUUGGAAAGCAGCAAUGUGAUUACCAAAAACAGCUUUGUUAAAGUGGAAGGAAGAAACCAUCUUCUUUCCAACGAUUUCAGCAAGGCCAUAACCGCAAUCUGCUCCUCAGAUAUAUUGAGUGAGUGUGAGAUAGCUGUUCGUGUAGUUACCAAAGCUUGGUUGGACGCCCACGGUGACAGUAACAUUGAGGUUGCGUUAUCGCAGCCACCAGUAGUCGAGGGAAUGCUGGAGGUUUUAUUAGCUUCCGACGAUGAUGAGAUUUUAGAAUUAGUGAUUUCAGUUUUAGCAGAACUUGCUGCAAGGAGUGAGAUUAUUCAACAGAUGAUAUUGAACUCUGAUCCCCAGCUGCAAGUGUUUCUUAAACUCUUGAAAAGUAGCAGUCUAUUCCUCAAAGCAUCAAUUUUACUUUACCUAUCAAAGCCACAGGCAAAACAGAUGAUUUCGGUUGAAUGGUUACCACUAGUCCUCAGAGUAUUGGAGUUUGGAGGCCAGUUACAGACAUUAUUCUCGGUACAGUGCAAGCCACAUGAAGCAGCAUUUUACCUUCUAGACCAACUACUGAAAGGGUUUGAUGAAGACAGAAACUUGGAGAAUAGUAGACACUUGAUUGCGCUUGGGGGAUUAAGUCUGCUGCUGAGAAGGUUAGAGAGAGGUGAGAUUGAAGAAAGGAAGAAUUCUGUUUCAAUAAUUUCAUGCUGCAUCCAAGCUGAUGGAAGCUGUCGAAACUACUUGGCGGAGAAUCUGAACAAGGCUUCACUUCUUGAACUUGUUGUCCAUGAAAGCAACAAAAACUCUGAUAGGGGUGGUUUGGCUUUACUUGUUGAUCUACUCUGCCUUAGUCGAAGAACAAGAAUCACUAAACUCUUGGAUGGACUUAAAGAAGGAUGGAGUGGCUUGGGCAUCAUGAACAUUUUGUCUGUUUAUCUUCAGCGAGCUCUUCCUGAGGAGCAGCCUUUAGUCGCAACAACGCUAUUGCAGCUUGAUUUCAUGGAAGACGCCCUCAACUGCAGCAUAUUCAGAGAAGAGGCCAUCGUGACAAUUAUAACUGCCUUGAAUGCUCGAAUAUGUGGAGAAAAAGCACAGGACAAUUUGGCUAGAGCUCUCUUGAUUUUGGGAGGUCGGUUUUCAUGUACCGGAGAACCAAGCACAGAAAAUUGGCUUCUAAAACUAGCAGGUUUCAAAGAGAACUCUGGGGAUUCAUCUCAUAGCAAGCAUCUCUACGAUGACGUCGUGCAAUUGUAUGAAGAGGAAGAAGAAGUGAUGAAUUGGCAGUUAAAAGCAGCUAGUGUGUUGUUUAACCAUGGACAUAAGAGUUUAUUGUCUUCCCUUUCGACAUCAAUGACUAGUUGCAUCCGGCCAAGUCUAGCAAAAGCAUGUCUUAUCACGUUGUCGUGGAUGAGCAGAUACCUGUUCGUUAUUAGAGAGGAGAAGCUAUGUUUAAUGGCACCCUCAAUUCUAGUACCACCCUUAAUAAAAUACUUGAAUCACGACAAAGCGGUCGAGGACCAAGUGCUGGCAUCAUAUUCAUUGCUUAACCUUGGCAAAUAUACAGAGUGCAAGCAUAUUUUCCGAUUGUUUGAUGAUGAAGCUCUAGAUCAUCUUCGAAAUCUCUCUCUAGUGACAUGGACAGCAGAAGAGCUAAUCUUGAUUAUUACAAGUGGAUCGAUGGAUCCAUAUACCGAACGAGAGAACUCAGACAAUCAAGGAAGCACAAGAGAAUGAUUCAGGUUUCUCUUCACUCCUGGUUGUGGCCAUGUGCUACUCAUCAAGAUGAUCACACACACAAACAUAUAUAUUCGUUUUUUAUUGAAUUGAUUAUUCCAUUUCGAGCUUUGACGUGUAAUUUCUAGUUGCAUUUAUGACCGAAAAUCCUUUUGUAAAUAGGAAAGUGUAGUGCAAAAUCCCUAUUGUUUAUGUUAAAAACAGAAAAAUAUUGAAAUGUUUUUAACUUGGUUGUAUUGUUUUGGAGUAUGGGCCACCAUUAGCAAAUGUUGCUUUCAAAACUUGAUGGGAAGUUUCUAUCAGUGUCUUUUGGUAAA